AUUUUUGGUGAGUGUAUAUAUACUUCAAGUUGAAGCUCCCCGUUCCUGGUGGAGAACGCCCAGAAACGUCCAUAUUUACCUUCCAAGCUUCAAAAACCCCGCGUAAUUGGAUCAAGGAAAGAGCUUAGCUGUCAAGCAGUCACACAACACAUACCUUACUUAUUUAUUUCUUCCUCUUCAAUCCCUUGUAUAAGCUUUUCAUCUCUUACAUCUCUAUCUCUUCCUCCUCUUCCUCAACUUCAAUCCGACUCAUCCUUAUCUUAUCAUCAUGAAGCUCGCCGUAUUCAGCACAAAACCCUACGAUAAAAAGUACUUGUCGUCAGUCCUCGGCGCCAAGCACGCAGAGUCUGGCAUCGAGCUCAUCUUUCACGAAUUCGCUCUUAACGAAGAUACCGUUUCCCUCGUCGAUGGAGCCGAUGCCAUUUGCGUCUUCGUGAACGAUGUCGUCAACGACAAUGUCAUCUCCGCCCUGUCAGAAUUUGGCGUAAAGGCUAUUUUGCUGCGAUGUGCAGGCUUCAACAAUGUUGACCUCGAUGCCGCCCAGCGUCUCCGCAUAAUGGUCGCCAAUGUCCCCUCUUACUCUCCCGAGGCUGUUGCCGAGUUUGCUGUUGCUCUGAUUCAGACCCUCAACCGAAAGACCCAUCGCGCUUACAACCGUGUUCGUGAGGGUAACUUUGCUCUCGAUGGCCUUCUCGGAAAGACCCUCUAUGGCAAGACUGUCGGAAUUGUCGGUGUUGGCAAAAUCGGCCUUGCUACUGCACGCAUCAUGAAGGGUUUCGGCUGCAGACUCCUUGCAUAUGAUCCCUUCCCUUCACCAGCUUUUGAGGAGUAUGGCGAGUACAAAUCUCUCGAAGACCUUCUGCCCCAGUGCGAUAUUGUUAGUCUUCAUUGCCCUCUCAUGGAGCAAACACGGCACAUUAUCAACCGCAACACUCUUUCUCUGAUGAAAGAGGGUGCUAUGCUAGUCAAUACCUCUCGAGGUGGCCUGCUCGACACCGAAUCUGUCAUUCAUGCCCUCAAGACAAACCAUAUCGGUGGCCUUGCACUUGAUGUGUACGAGGCUGAAGGCGAACUCUUCUACAACGACCACUCGUCGACAAUCAUUCAAGAUGAUAAGCUCAUGCGUCUCAUGACGUUCCCCAAUGUGGUUGUUUGUGGUCAUCAAGCCUUCUUCACCGAGGAGGCUCUCACCGAGAUUGCCGAGUGCACCCUCAGCAAUCUUGAGGAGUGGAUAGAGACCAAGACAAGCAAGAACUCUCUCACCAAGGACCUCAAGUUGCGACGCCGUGAAUCACUACCCGUCCGCGCCAUCUAAAGGGGUCCCAUUAUUUACUUUUCUGUUCUGUUCUUUGUUUUCGCGGCGUUUAGGAGAGGGAGAGUCGAUGAUCCACUGGAGAUAACAACCCUUUGCUCCUAUCCUUGUUCGGGCAAAAGUUCACUCCUCUAGUGGGAUGCUAUCACGGCCGAGCCGGGAACUAGAAGGAGAUGAAGAGCGAUCCCUGCUGCCAUGUUCUUCACCAAGUGGGCCCUGUCAAUGAAAGCUCUGAUGCGACCCAUUUCAUCGCCGAACAGUACCGAUGAAGAAUAAGCUUGCAUGAACGCCUUCCGACCCCCUGAAAACCUAGUUGCUGUGUACCAUUGAUAGUGAUUCAAGCAUCGCGUCUGUUUCUUCGUUUUCGUUCCGUUUUCGUCCGGUUCCGGUGGUGAAAAGAAAUAUUCUUGGAAGUCAGCAAAGUCUCGUUUAUCAGGCUAGGAUACUUCUCGCAGACACAU